AUGGUUAAUGAAAUCCAACCACACGACUUUGGAAUUAUGCUUUACAACAUAAGCACCACCACCCUCACCAAAGCUCAAAAACGAUGGCGUCUUGCAUACUUCACCAUUCAUUUCUCCAACACCCUCAUUUCCAUCGCCAAAAACCUCGUCGUUGUCUCCAACAAGCUCCCCAUUUCCCAACUCAUCCCUUCCCCUAAUUCCUAUUCCAUCGUUGAAAUCAUCCCGCCUAAACCGGACCCCGAUUCGUCGGGUUUCUCCCGUGUUAAUCACGUGCACCUCGUCGAGACGGUGAAGACCAAAGAUUUGAAAAAGCUACACAAGUUGGGUGGGGUCGAGGGUGUGGCGGAAGCUCUCGAAACAAAUCUCGACAGUGGAAUAAACUGUCGGGAUUUGAACGAAAGGAAAAGCAUUUUUGGUUCGAAUACUUACGAAAAACAACCUCCGAAGGGGUUUCUUUUUUUCGUGAUCGAGGCUUUUAAAGACACGACCAUUGUUAUAUUACUGGGUUGUGCUGCUCUUUCGCUUGGAUUCGGUAUCAAAGAACACGGAGUCGAAGAAGGAUGGUAUGAAGGUGGCAGCAUUUUCAUUGCAGUUUUUCUGGUAAUCGUUGUAUCCGCAAUUAGUAACUACAAACAAGAGAUCCAGUUUGAUAAUUUGUCGAAAAUAAGCGAUAAUAUCAAGAUUGACGUUGUUAGGGAAGGGAGGAGGCAAAAUAUAUCGAUCUUUGAUAUCGUAGUUGGAGAUGUUGCGAUUCUGAAUAUUGGAGAUCAGAUUCCAGCAGACGGGUUGUUCGUAGAUGGGUAUUCGUUGCUGGUCGAUGAAUCGAGCAUGACGGGCGAGAGUGAAAACAUAAGCGUUGAUGCCGUCACUAACCCAUUCUUGUUCUCGGGUUCUAAAGUGGCAGACGGGCAUUGUCGGAUGCUUGUGUUAUCAGUCGGGAUGAACACGGCUUGGGGAAGGAUGAUGAGCUCGAUAACGGGUGAUUCUAACGAGCAGACGCCAUUACAAGUUCGUCUCAACAAACUCACUUCUUCCAUCGGAAAGGUAGGCCUUGCAGUCGCUUUCCUAGUUCUUGUCGUUAUGUUAAUUCGUUAUUUCACCGGAAACACAGAAGACAAUGACGGUAAACGAGAGUACAACGGGAGACGCACAAAUAUAAGCGAAGUAUUUGAUUCCGUUACACGUAUCUUCUCGGCGGCAGUCACCAUUGUGGUGGUGGCAAUCCCCGAAGGUCUGCCGCUAGCCGUCACCCUCACUCUUGCGUAUUCCAUGAAAAGAAUGAUGGCGGAUCAGGCGAUGGUUAGAAAGUUAUCCGCCUGUGAGACCAUGGGUUCGGCCACUGUUAUAUGCACCGAUAAAACGGGCACUUUGACUACGAAUAAGAUGACGGUCACGAAGUUCUGGCUUGGCCUUGAGUACAUAGAAAAAGAUUCUUCCGAUGUAAUAGCCACGGACGUCCGUGAACUUCUUCACGAAGGAAUCGGUUUGAAUACUACAGGUACAGUUUUCAAAUCGGGUUCAGAUUCUGUUCCUGAAUACUCUGGCAGUCCAACGGAAAAAGCGAUGUUAUCGUGGGCUGUUGCGGAUUUGGACAUGGAUAUGGAGAAACUGAAACAAACUUCAACUGUUCUUCAUGUUGAGACCUUCAACUCGAAGAAGAAACGAAGUGGGAUUUUGAUUAGGAGAGUGGCGGAUAACGACAUGAAUGUGCACUGGAAAGGAGCUGCAGAGAUGGUACUAGCAAUGUGUUCAAAGUAUUAUCAGAGCAACGGGUGCAUAAAGACAAUAGAUUCCGAUGAAAGAACACAACUGGAGAAUAUAAUCGAAGGAAUGGCAGCAAGUAGUCUCAGAUGCAUUGCUUUCGCGUAUAAGAAGGUUUUAGAACAUAAGGAAGAUGGUGCGGUUUAUCGAACGCUAAGUGAAGAAAGGUUAACUUUGCUAGGGAUUGUUGGCCUGAAGGAUCCAUGUAGACCAGGAGCCAAGAAAGCUAUAGAAACUUGCCGGUCUGCCGGAGUCAACAUCAAGAUGAUCACUGGAGACAAUGUUUUCACGGCAAAAGCCAUAGCCACGGAAUGCGGAAUACUGGAAGUCAGUCAACAAGAUUGUGAAGGAGAAGUGGUGGAAGGUGUAGAGUUCCGGAAUUACACAGAUGAAGAGAGAAUGCGGAAAGUCGACAGUAUCAAAGUGAUGGCAAGAUCUUCCCCAUUCGACAAGCUUCUGAUGGUUCAGUGCUUGAAACGGAAAGGUCAUGUGGUUGCCGUCACUGGCGAUGGGACCAACGAUGCACCAGCACUCAAAGAAGCAGAUAUAGGGCUUUCAAUGGGGAUUCAAGGCACCGAGGUGGCGAAACAAAGCUCGGAUAUCGUCAUCUUAGAUGACGAUAUUGCCUCCGUUUCGACCGUAUUGAUGUGGGGUCGGUGCGUAUACAACAACAUCCAGAAGUUCAUUCAAUUCCAACUCACGGUAAAUGUUGCAGCUCUUGUUAUCAACUUCAUUGCAGCGGUUUCUAGCGGUGAUGUUCCGCUAACAGCAGUCCAACUGUUGUGGGUGAAUCUAAUCAUGGAUACUUUGGGUGCUUUAGCACUUGCCACAGAACGGCCAACCAAUGAACUCAUGAACAAGCCACCAGUGGGUAGAGUCGAGCCCCUCAUAACAAACAUCAUGUGGAGAAACCUGUUUGCCCAAUCUCUCUACCAGAUAAUAAUUCUAUUGACCUUCCAGUUCAGGGGUAAGACAAUCUUUAAUGUGAACGAGAGCGUGAAAAACACGAUUAUCUUCAACAUUUUUGUUUUCUGCCAAGUGUUCAACGAGUUCAACUCGAGGAAGCUGGAGAAGAAAAACAUAUUCAGAGGUAUCCAUACAAACCGAUUGUUUCUUGGAAUCAUCGGGAUGACGAUCAUUCUUCAGGUUGUGAUGGUGGAGUUCCUAAAGAACUUUGCCGACACGGAGAAACUGAAUGGAAUGCAGUGGGGAAUCUGUAUUGCGAUUGCAGCUCUAUCAUGGCCUAUCGGAUGGAUUGUGAAGUUGAUCCCAGUACCAGAUAAACCAUUUCUAAACUACAUAAGGCACUAGCUUAAACCAAGAAGGAUAUGAGGUCCGAUUUUGGGUUGCAGGUUGCCUGCUUUGCACCUUUUUUUCAGCUCAACAAAGGAAUUCUCAGAAGAUCACUCCUAUUGUU